AUGACUACUUUCAAGAUUGAUUUCAUCCUUGAGGGUCUCACCGAUGAUUUCAAGACCGUGGUAUAUCAGAUCGAAGGUCGUGACACAUCACCAUCCUUUGUGGAGGUCUACGAGAAGUUCCUUAACUAUGAGUCGAAACUUGCAGCGAAAGCUACAGCGGCUCCGGUGCUUCCUGCAACUGCUCACAAUGUCUCAUAUCGAGGAUCCAACUCCAACAAUCGUCAUCAUGGUCGCUCCAACAAUCGCAACACUCAAUCCUCGUCGUACCGCCCUAACUACACUCCGCGACUGUACAAUGGCAAGUGUCAGAUCUGUGGCGUUCAUGGCCAUAGUGCGCGUCGCUGCUCCCAGCUUCAGCUUCACGCCAGCUCCUACACUCCCGGCGUCUCUCCGGUUGUGUCUCCGACUCCGUGGCAACCUCGUGCGCACAUGGCGGCUGCCAACAUGUACAAUGCCGGGAAUUGGAUCGUUGACAGUAGUGCGACACACCACCUCACCUCCGACUUGAACAACCUCGCACUUCAUCAGCCAUACACUAGCGGUGAGGAGGUUACUAUCGCUGAUGGGUCCGGCUUACCCAUCACUCGCAUUGGUUCUGCCAUUCUUCCUACCCCAACUGGUUCUCUUACUUUGAAAGAUGUUUUAUAUGUACCUGAUGUUCAGAAAAACUUAAUUUCUGUGUAUCGAAUGUGCAACACUAACGGUGUCUCGGUUCACUUCUUUCCUGCUUAUUUUCAGGUGAAUGAUUUUCACACGGGGGUCCCUUUUCUCCAAGGGAGGACUAAGAAUGAGUUGUAUGAGUGGCCGGUCACAAUACUCUUUGCUAGGUCCUUUUUUGCUUCCCUAACUCCCAAAACAGUCUCCGUUGAUAAUUUCAAAUAUUACUUAGUGAUUGUGGACCAUUUCACAAGAUACACAUGUUUCUACCCUCUCAAACUCAAGUCUCAUGUACGUGAUACGUUCACUACCUUCACUGCGCUCGUCGAGAACAAAUUCUGGCGGAAAAUUGACACUCUCUACUCAGAUAACGGUGGUGAGUUCAUUGCUUUGCAUCCUUUUCUUACAGCUCAUGGCAUCACUCAUCUAACAACUCCACCGCACACGCCGGAGCACAACGGUAUAUCCGAACGCAAGCACCGUCACGUGGUUGAGACAGGCCUCACCUUGCUCAGCAAAUCCUCGAUGCCGAUGACGUAUUGGACUUAUGCCUUCUCGCCCGCUGUGUACCUUAUCAAUCGCAUGCCAACAUCGGUGCUUGGCAAUGAAUCUCCGUAUGUGAAAUUAUUUGGGAGUGCACCAAACUAUCAGAAGUUACGUAUAUUUGGGUGUAUGUGCUUUCCGUGGCUCCGUCCUUACACUCCGCAUAAACUCGCUGCCCACUCUGCUCCAUGUGUUUUCCUUGGCUAUUCCCUCACGCAAAGUGCCUAUCUCUGCUUGGAUAGAGCUACCAGACGCAUUUAUACCUCCCGCCAUGUCCAAUUCGAUGAAACCCUGUUCCCAUUUGCCACCCCUCCAAACACUCAACCUCGACCCUCCUCUCCUGACCAAACACCUGACACUCGACCCACCUACAUACAUGUUGUGACUUCGCCACUCUCCACAGCUCUGUCUUCGUCCCCUCCUGUGCAACCGCCCUCGUGUUUGGAUUCUCACCACACACUGUCAUAA